AGACUACGCCUAGACAAUGGAUUUAAACCCUCUCCAGACGGUUUCCCUGAAAGCUACAUACAAGAAACGGAUUAAGAUGGUCAGCUUAUUUGCAUAUUAUAAGAACUUGUAAGUGUCUGCUGUCGUUCGGACCACUGAGCAGGACAAAGAAUAGCAUUGACCGCCAGGGUACCGGUGUAGUCAUGCUUCAAUGGUCCAAGCCUUGGUAGAUCCCAUCAUGUCACUGGCGGAGAAGAACUGGAAAUGAACUUGAAUUUCAAGGAUAAAUAGGCAGAAAAUAGCUAGAUAUCGACACCUCAUCAAUUGUUCAAUUUUCGUUUUGGCAAGAGGAUUUAGAUGGUGGAUUGUUCGAAUUCAUCAUGGAUGUCGAUCAUGGAUCCCCUCUCAUAAUGGAGACACAUAGAUCAGGUGGUCUCAAGAGAUCACGUGACGAGCAGAUGGGACCAGGAGCAAAAGAACGCCGAACACGUACUAUAUUCAACUCUGCUCAGAUAGAGGCUUUAGAACGUAUUUUCAUGGAUGUUGAAUACCCUGAUGGUGAUUUGAAAGCUAAGUUAGCACAUCGUCUUGAGGUCGAUGAGAGUACUGUACAGAUUUGGUUUCAAAAUCGAAGGGCAAAAAAGAAGAGACUGCAAAGAGGAGUUCCAGGGCUCAAUUCCCAAGGGACAUACCGUCCCCAUCAUGGCGUGUCCCAUCUCGGACAUCUCCUACCUAUUUCCGAUCGACAAAACUAUAUGUGGAGCACCGCAGAGGGCGUUGCCCCCUACCCAUCAGCAAUUCAUUCAGUCACAAGAUCAAGUCAGUGCUAUUCUGUUCACGGUACUGAGAUGGGAAAUCAAAAUCUUCCGAUCACCUGGACCGACAAGACGAAUUUCAGCAGUAUAGAACAUGACCCCAGAUAUUCUCUUCAAUCGCAAGAAUCACAUGUCGCUUCCAUCGAAGAAAACAGUUCUUCAGCAGACCCUAUCAUGAGUUCAUCUAGUCUUCCAACACCCACGAGUCCUGUCAUAUCACCAGCUGGCUCCGAAGGGGGAACAAUUGACCAAAUCAGAAAGUGGCCCGUCAAAGAAACUCCAACUUCAAGAAGUGCCUUUGGAAAAUUAGACUUUCCCAAACUUCCACGUGUAUGCAUCAGGCAUGACAUGGUUCAAAUGAGAAAUUCUCCUAAUGGCGUUUUUGGAGCAUCUUCACCUGUGACCUCUAAAGUUGGUAAAAGGGACAUCGUGGAGUUGCGCAUGAACGUUUUGAAGAAGGAUCCACCGAAAUCGCCACCUCCAAACCAGACGUGUGCUGCUAUUCCCCGCUCUCAACGGAAUGAACUCGAAUUGGCUCUCGUGAAACAUGGGUUGGUAGAGGAAACGAGUCCAAAUGGACCAAGUGGGUCUAUUUCUGGCCAUCGUGGAGGGUACAUAUCUGAGGACUGGUCGUCGAGUUCUGAAGAAUCUUCCGACUCGGAAGGAUUAGCACCCCCUCGCCGGAGAAGAAAAGUAUUUCGUAAUAUACAGAAACCACCACCGAAUGCAAGCUGUGCUUCUGUCCCUCUUCACGAUCGCACGCUUCCUUACUUAAGCAAGAUACCUCAGUAUAGUUCUGAACAAGUUCCAAAGGGUCAAGCAGUUGGAACUUCAAUUAAUUCGUCUAGUUCAAUGCCGCUCCAAUCAUUUGAUCAAUCAGUACAUAAUGAAAACUUAUCCGAUUGGGAUACUGAUAGCGACGAUUCCACAUGGGCAUACUUUGACCAAGGGCCAAAGAAAGAAACAGACAAAUCAAAAGCAAGUCAAAAAUCACCUCAUGAUGCUAAGACUGGGCAGUUAGGACCUCAAAGUGCACCACCUGCCCUUGUGCCUGAAGAAGGUUCCGACGUUAAUUCCAUGAGCGCUAAUAAACACAGCGAACGUGAGGGAAAUGUUGGGGAUUGUAAUGAUGAUGACUUUUCAGAGAUUUUACUAGCCCGAGAGUUCGCAGAAAUGUUGCCAUCACCUCUAGGAACUUAUUUGCCGAUAUACCACGAGGAACCCUCUCAAAGCAGUAAGGGAUGUGAGCCAUACAGACGUCCUCGUAUUCUAAGUGACUCGGCUCUGGUAACGCCACGUCUUAGUGAUUACCGGCCUCAGCCCCCACUAGACAUCAAUCCAAGGACAUCUCCCGUCUCAACUCGGUCUUCGGACUCUUCUCUCAGUGGACUUUCAUCUCUCUUCAACAUCCCAGUGUCUCCAAGUGAGUUGGUGAAGCACCUUACAGACGAUGUUGUGGGGACAGACCAGAGCACAGUCUUGGAAAUCCCUGCUAGUUCCUGCACCACAGAGUCGACGAGGCACCUUCCUGAAACGUUGCUCAAAGACAUUCACGAUGAAGGUAUGGUUCAAAACUUCCAACAGCCAAUGGCUAAUGAUAAUAACCGUGACCAAUUCGAAGAGCAAAAUCAGACAGGGUCCUUCUUUAUGAAUGAUUCCCAAGGAAACCACAAUGAAGCACACUUUAGGACGUCAGCGUGCAAGACCAUUGACGGAGGAAAACUGCAAAAACCAAAUAGUAGAAUCAACAUACCAAGUCAAGGUAUCAUCAGACCGAUUCCAACCCGUCCACAUCAAGUAGCCACAUCAACAUCUGAUCAUGUGAUGGUACAUGCUAGUCAAUCCGGUACCCACAAGAACAAUAUGAUGCAUUACCAAAAUAAUUCAUCCAACCAAGAGGCAAAUCUUCAGCAGGGUGCCGCCUAUGGCCAACUUCAGGCACACGGACAUCCUUAUCAGAUACAUUCAGGUCCGGGCUUCCAGGACCAUGUCCAACCUUGUCCUGGACACUUCAGAGUAAAUGACCAACCUCAAGGCGUAGUUCAUCAUCAGCCCCCUUCUAUGUCGACUUCACAAUAUCCAUCACGAUUUCCAGGUGAUGCUUAUAAAGCACGCUUUCCUCGACAUGCGGCAGAUGCCCCUCCCAAAAAUGUAUCCCUCCCCAUUAUGCCUCCUCAGCGGUCUGUUCUAGGUGCGUCUGUUCCGUCUGACGAUAACCUUCCUCCAAAUCAGGUAUGUACGGUAGUACCUGAUGCGGUGUCGUCUCAAGGACUCAUGGCACGUUAUCUGGCUUGGACACAAGGAAGAUCUCUUCAUGCCUAACGAUAAAUACUUACUGACCAAUCGUCAUCACAUCUUUUAUAGAUAAGUCGACACCAUUUUAGACUGAAGACAAUCCAGAAGAGGCAGUGAUGGCAAUAUGUUUGCCUUACCCCAAUCGGUAAAACUACACGUCGUCCCCUGCUUUGCGAACCAUUAAUGUAUUCGUUAUUUAUGUAUUUCAGUCUACCAGGGGAGCCCCUUCGGUUACGUAAACUGAUUUACAAGAGGGUCCUAGGAACGAUUAACAUGUUAAGACUUUCCAACCAUGUUAAAACUUUCUAAAUUUCGUCCCCACCAAAAUUUUGGGACAUAACCAUCUCUCUGUGUCAUAUCUGCAUAACUGCGUCAAAAUGUUAGGGGAGGUGUGUUCUUGCUCAAGCGUUCCUCCAUUUGACGGAUAUACUUGAUAUGAAUGUAUUCACUUAGUAAGAUGGAUUUUGUUUGGUAGGGAGGACUGUUUUUUUUUCUUGUAUUUAUGUUUCGUAGAAGAAGUUUCUGUUGUAUCUUGUCUAGGUGACCUUAUUAUUAUAAUUUUAUUCUUGUGGAUUAUCAUUCUCGUGUUAAAAGAUCAAAUCCUUUUCCUGAAACAAUAAUUAUGAUUGACAAUCUUUUCCUUGUAAUCAUCGAAGCAAAAAACAACAACAUUGAUUUCACAUCAUACGACAAAGAUUUUUUAGUUUGUUAUAUUAGUUUUAAAAGAUCAAACCCUAUUUCUGAAAUGAACAAUUUUCUCCCCGCAACAAUCGAAAUCACAUAUUUACAUCAAUUUUUUAUAAGAGUGUCCCAAUGAAAAAUGAAUAAUGGUUCCUCGAACCUUUUAUUUUAUUUUUUAUAAUUGUUUCCAUGAAGGAAUCUUAUCACGACAAUUGCACGACAGCGUGAUACAGAUUUGAGACUCGGCAGUUGCUCCCCCCCCAAAAAAAAGAGAGAAAUAGUUAGAAUACUGAGAAAAAAUAGAAACAUUAAAAGGAAUUGAAAUAAAAGUCGAAAGUGUAAAUUAUGGAAUUAUUUUUAGAUAUUAUAUCAUAAAAUUAGAUUUUCAUAAAAACAGGUUAUAUUUGAAAGACGAUUUUCCUUUCCACUAUGUUCGCUACCGCCUCAAUAUUUCAACACAUUGCGCAACUGGCUAAUGGUAUUUUAAGAUUAGAUAAUCAAGAAGUUAUCAAACUGAUCUCCUAGCUAAGUUAUCUUAGUUUUAAAGAUGUAUCAGAUAUACAUGACUUUUGGUAAUAUGAUAAUGAUACUCAUGGCCCUGGGAAGCGGGGGUGAGGUAUCCCCCAACAUUCUUUCUGGAGGUGUUGCAUACGUUAUACACCAAAGGUAUCACCCCCUGGAAACCAGAUUGGUAUGAUAAAACGUAGAAAUAAGACCACAAUCAUCUUCAUAUUGUUUUUUUUUUUUUUUUGUUCGUCAAAAUUUUCUGACCAAAAUCAUCUUCAUUUUUGAGCGGAAACCCUGUUUUUUGCAUGUCACUUUUAUUUCAAAACAAACACCCUCUCCUCUUAAAUGAUUCCCAGGACCCUGAUGAUAAUACAAGGCGACUGAAGUAUCACGAACUUUCAUAAAGUUUGCCAUCUUCUUACAAAAUUCAUUCUGAUUCUAUUCUUUGGCAAAUCGUAUCCAUAUUAUCAUGCAAUAUGAUGUUUUCUAAUCAUGUACUUUACCUGUAUACUAGCUGAGGCAUAAACGUUUUACAAGCAUACAUGAAUUUUGACAAUACAACCAGUAAUUGAUAGACGUACCAUUUUAUCGACUUUACCUCAAAUAGUCAGUGCCAUGAUGUAAAUGUAUGUAUUAUAUAUAGUUUAUUACCUGUCAUAGACUAAUGUUGUUAUAGUGUUUUGUCCAUUGUUUAAUUAUUACAUGUUUGAGAAAACGCGGGUAGACAAAUGGUGCUUAUAAUAUAUACGAUAUAGUUAUUAAUAAAUGUCUUGAAAACUA